CGGUCCUUUUACCAGCCGCGACGUUGCACUCCCACUCGUGGACCAUCCCUCCCUCUGCAGCAAGCAUGAUCCUUCCGACCUCACCAUUCGUCGGAACAGCCAGGCAUCUCGCUCCGGGCUGUGCCAUCCUGGUUCGAUAUGGAGCAUGCAUGGGCGAUUACCCAUCGUCUGGGUGGCCACACUGUCAGCCCUUCGUUCCCGCGGAGGGAUUCAUCGUCGUGGUCGUGGAGCCACUGCAGCCAGACGGAGCUGGUGGGCUUCAGGUACAUAAGCUGAGUGAGAGUCCCGUCCCAUAGGUAAAUCUAUUUCGGGAUUUGCGCCAUUCUUUCUCUUCUUUCGAGUCAACGCGUUGUCGGGUUUUUGCAGAGUAUAUGCUCUGGAUAGAUACUGUUUCUAUACUUUUUAUUCCAUCGGUCUGAGAUACGACUUGAAGCGCGAGGUGCUGUAUAUAUCUUAUUUGGAAUUCGUGGCAAGGCUCCAGCAGAGGUAGCGCGGGGGAGCGCAUCGCAUUGCGACAGAGAACACGCAACCGCCGUAAGCCCAGCCCAACGACGACAUUUAUUGAUCGCAAAACGGCGACGAGUUUCUCCAAAGCGACAGGGGGAUUGAGCUAUUGAACAAACUUUCGAAGAGGGCGCGAGUUUGCGACUCAGCAGUCGAAAUCUAUACAUGCGCCAAGACCACCCACCUUCAAUGCCGAGAUGACGGAUGUGAGCUUCUAGAACGACGUGUCCCGAAAUUACCAUCCAAUACCUUCUGCAUACGAUACGAAUAGUGCCGGCGCAAGCGAUUCAUUGCAAUUAGCUCUCAUUCCAAUUAAUCAUGGUUGCGCCCACUGGAGUUCCAAAGCAGCCAGCUGCGAUACUAGCGAUGCGGGAUAUGACCUUUACAAAAGCGCCAUUAUACAAAAGGACUGACGAAUGUCCACAAAACUAUGCGCUGUGCCCGUCAUCAUUAAGUGGCGGAUGCUGUCCCAGUGACCACUCUUGCGGAACCAGCAGUUGCUAUGCGACAACACCUACCCCGCUAUCUAUUUGCACACAGCUUGGAUAUCAGGAGUGUAGGCUCGUUGACGGCGGUGGAUGUUGUCUGCCAGGUUACGCAUGUGCGAGCAAUAGCUGCAUUCCGACCACGAGCUCGACAAUAAGCACGCCUUGCGAUGCAUCAUCUACUCACUGCCCCGCCGCCUUCGGUGGCUGCUGCCAUAGUACCUAUGCCUGCGGCCAGGGAUACUGUUACGCGACAGCACUUUCCACAGUCAAAGUAACGGUCGUGACAACGAAGACGGAUUCAAAGGGCCAUGUUGCAACAGUUAAUACCGUCAUCAGUACCGCAUAUAUGCCUUCAACUCAACCCACAUUGGGGCCUAGUCCAGUAGCAACAGCAGCAGUCCCCAGAUUCACGCCAACUACAAUUCCAAUCGCCAAGGUAGCGUCGACACCAAGUUCAUCAUCCGGUCUCUCAAAAGGUGCUCUCGCCGGCAUCGUAGUGGGGGUAGUUGUAAUCCUCAUCGCCAUCAUCGCAACAGGCUGGUGUGUGCUGCGGCGCAUCAACGCCGUAGCCAAACAAUCCGAAGGCCACCGCACCUCCGGCUCCGGCUCAAACCGCACGCCCAUGUCCAAGAACCGUGGCCCUAACGGCGGCAACAGCGGCGCCCCGGGCUCGGGUCCAACAAAUGUCGACUUCGAUAAUAUGUCCAUCGACCCCCUAAUGAUGACUUCCUCCGGCGCCGCAACCCCCCACCUCUCGCGCCCUACCCCAACACACAACUCAAGCUACGACACACAGAUCACUCAAGCUCCCGCAAUCUCCCCACCCAUCCCCAGCCCCUACGCCUCGCCACCCCUAGGAAACACGCAGGGCGGCGGCUACCAAGCCGUCCCCCUAGGAGACGCGCAAUACUUCGACACACGCCACCACUCCGGCCAAGGCAGUCCCAGCAAUAUCUCGCCCUACUCACCCGGGUACCCUACCUCAGCAUCCUGGGGCGAGCCAGUCCCAGACCCAGCGAUACGGGACCAAAACCUCCGCUUUGGAAGGAUCAGCAAUCCGUCGCCGGGAGGGAAUAGGCAUUGGUCGCAGAUUAGCGAUGUCAGUGCCCUCUCAGCGGGAAGCGGGCCGGGGAUCGGGAUCGCGGAGUUGGAUCAGCGGAGUGGGUUGGUGGAGAUGUCUGAGCAGGAGUCAUCUGCUGCUGCAGGCGUGGUUGCUGGUAGCAGCGCAGCGAACCGCUCCAGCGUAGACAGCCACAAAAAGACCAAAAGUUUCGAAUUCAUCGCCCACCGCCGCAAACGCAGCAGCGCCGGCUCGGGGAUGUCGCAACUCCUCACGCCCCCCCUUCCGGGGGGGCAGAGCCCGAUUUUGGAGAAUGAAGCUGCUGAGACCGAGGCGGAGGUGGGGGCCGGGGCGGAGUGGGAGAGGAGACAUCGCGCUACGAGGAGUGAGGAGGCGGGGGAGAGUGGGCAGAUCGUGUAUGCGCAUCAGGCGGAACGGAACAGUUUGCCUACGCCGGUGGUGGCCAGGGGGGGUGGGGUGGGGGAUGGGGGGUUGCCGUCGCCGGUUGGGGGGGUGAGUAGGAAGCCGGUGGGCGGUGGGGGGGUGUAG